ACGAUGCGGGGAUUGAGAGUGGGAGCCUCGGUGCUCCUCCUGGCUGGCCUUACCUCAGCAUUUAUCCACAAGGCGGAUGAUCACCUCUAUCACUGUCCAGGCGACUGGGCGUUGAACGGGGAUCACUGCUACAGAUUCUUCAAUAUUAAACACUCCUGGGAAAAAGCUGAUGCUCUGUGCAAGAGGUUUGGCUCGGACUUGGUGCUGGUUGAGAGCUAUGAGCAGAACAACUUUACGGAGGCUCUGGCCCACAACUCGCUGGAUGACCCCACUAACAGCUACUGGCUGGGCCUCAUCUCCCUCAACGACCUCUCAACCAACACACUCAAGAGUGCCAGUGGCAAGCACGUCUCUCUCUACUCUGGGUUCUGGUCACAAGGGCAGCCAAAGGUGUCUGGUGGGGAGUGUGUCAAGGCAAGACUGUCCGACCAGCACCAGUCAUGGGAACUAAGUACUUGUGAGUCCUUGCUGCCCUUCAUGUGUCGCGUCCAGGCCUGCACCAGUGGUGCUCUCCACUGUUCCAACGGUAGAUGUGUCAACAAGGCUUUCCUUUGUGAUGGUCAAAAUGACUGUGGAGAUAUGUCUGAUGAGAUGAACUGUCCUAACCGCUGCCACUUCUAUAUGCGUUCCUCAGGUGACUCAAUAGAGAGUCCAGAAUAUCCCAAAAAGUAUGGACCCAAUAUGGACUGUAAAUGGACCCUAGAGGGCCCUGUUGGUCAUAAUGUUAUUCUUCAGUUUUUUGAAUUUGACACUGAGAAGAACUUUGACACUGUACAGAUUCUGAGUGGUGGACGCACAGAAGAUUCAGCUGUGUCCUUAACAACACUCUCAGGCAGACAGAACCUCACUGAUAAACUCUUCAUAUCAGCUUCCAACUUCAUGAUUCUCAAGUUCAAGACUGAUGCAUCAGUGGAGAAGAGAGGUUUCAGGGCAUCAUGGAAGACAGAACCUCAAAACUGUGGUGGGGAGCUGAUUGCUACACCCCAAGCACAGAUCAUGACAUCAUACAAGUAUCCCCUCAACUACCCAGGUGGUCUUGAGUGUCUGUACAUUCUCAAGACACAGCAAGGACGUGUCAUCACUCUAGAAAUUCUUGAUUUGGAUCUUGAACGGGGCAAGGACUUCAUCUUGGUACGAGAUGGAACCUCUCCAUCAGAUUCCCAAUUGGCUCGACUCACUGGUUCUCAGGAAGAUAACCCUCGCUUCAUCAUCUCUACUGGUCCUGUUAUAUACUUCUACUUCUACACUAACUUGGGAGUUUCUCAACGAGGAUUCCGUAUUCGGUACUCUUCUGGAUGCUCUGUCACCAUAAAUGACAACAAGGGCACCAUUUCCUCUCCAGCCUAUGGUAUUAGUGACUACCCAAACAACCAGGAAUGCAGCUACCUCAUCAGACGCCCUGGAGGAGGACCUCUCUCACUCAAGUUCAUUGACUUCGAUGUAGAAAAUAAGGACACAGUGCAGGUGUACGAUGGUAUGACAACAUCUCAUGGUAUUCGGCUACAUUCUGGCAAAGGUUUUUCUGCCAACAACCCUCCCACCAUCACUCUCACUGCUGACUCUGGUGCCAUGUUCCUUGUCUUCAACUCUGACCCACUUCGACCAGCAAAAGGAUGGUCAGCUAAUUUUUCUGCUGACUGCCCAAUGUUAUCAGCUGGUGAAAAAGCUAUUGCUUCCUCCCGUGACACUUCCUUUGGCAGUGUUGUGACUUACACCUGCCCAGUAGGUCAAGAGUUUGCUAAUAACAAAUCUUCAAUUGUUACUACUUGUAUGCCUGGUGGAACUUGGUCCACUGACUAUAUUCCCAAGUGCCAAGUUGUUUAUUGUGGUCCAGUACCUCAAAUUGACAAUGGCUUCAGUAUUGGUGCCACCAAUGUGACAUAUCUGGGUCAGGCUACCUACCAGUGCUAUGCAGGCUUUGGUUUCCCGAGUGGCAAGGCUGUUGAGACUGUCAGCUGUACAGAGCAUGGAGAAUGGGAACGACUUCCUGAGUGCCUUGCAUCACAGUGCUCACCUCUGCCAGAAACACCACAUGCAAACCAGACAGUGCUUAAUGGUGGAGGACGUAGUUAUGGCACAGUGGUGAGGUUUGAGUGUGAGCCUGGCUACUACCGUACUGGCCUCCCUGUCAUCCACUGUAUGUCCAAUGGUUCCUGGUCAGGUGACCUGCCCACUUGCUCCAGAAUCAAGUGUCAUGAGUAUCCGAAGAUUGCUAAUGGCUUCGUUGCUGACCUCACUCGUGACUACUACUUUGGAGAUGAGGCCAGGGUACAGUGCCAUCGUGGCUAUCAGUUGCUUGGUUCCUCCAUUAUUAAGUGUGGCCCUGAACAACUGUUUCUUAAUCUACCAACUUGUGAAGACAUCAAUGAAUGUGAUGCUGCCCAGUGUGAUGCUGCCUCGACUGAAUGCAAGAACACCCCUGGAGCUUUCUCUUGCAUGUGCAAGCCAGGCUUUCAGCCUACUCUUGACUGUCGACCUCGGGGAGAUCUUGGGGUAUCUGAUGGUGGUAUUCCAGAUGAUGCAAUAUUUGUAUCUUCCACUGCUGCAGGCUAUGAGAAGAAUAGUGUGCGUCUCAACUCUCAACUGGGCUGGUGUGGUGCUGAGCAGGAACCAGGUCGAAACUGGGUUAUGGUUGAUCUGCGUGUUCCCACAGUAAUCAUUGGCUUCCGUACCCAGCCUGUGGAGCGGCCUGAUGGUCAAAGUGCAUUUGCUAAAUCUAUCCGGAUACAAUAUACAGAUGAUUUGACUGAUGUGUUUCAUGAGUACACCAAUCGUGAUGAUUCACCAGUUGAAUUUCGCAUUAUUUCAGAUGUAUCUCUGUCAGUAGUAAACCUCCCCACUCCUGUUGAAGCUCGUUAUAUCCGUCUUAAUAUUGCUAAAUAUGAAACAGCGCCCUGCCUCAAGUUUGAACUCAUGGGAUGUGCACGUCAAGGUUGUGUAGAUAUCAAUGAAUGUGAAGAUAAUAAUGGAGGUUGUGAUCAGCGCUGUAUCAAUUCUCCAGGAUCUUUCUCUUGCAUGUGUAAUGUUGGCUAUGAUCUCUUCACUAAAAAUGGAACAGCUGGGUUUCACAUUGAGAAAUAUGAAUCUGGUCUACGUGAUGGCGACACUUAUCGCUUGAACAAGACAUGUGUACGGAAGAUGUGUCCAGCAUUGGAGUCAUUAUCUAAUGGAGUAUUAUUAGACACUCGUGAUAUGUAUCAUUACGGUGAUCUUGUUACCUUUCAGUGCAAUUUUGGAUAUGUUAUGAUUGGCUCUAGUACACUAGCAUGCACCAGUAAUGGUGUUUGGAAUGGCACUUUGCCUGAAUGUCAGUAUGCAUCCUGUGAACCAUUGCAGGACAAUCCAGAAGAACACCUUACAGUGCAUUUUGCAAAGCCUGAUGCUUUGGUGAUCCCAUUCAUGGAAAAUGAAACAAUUACCUGUAAUCAGGAAGGCAGACCAUUAAGGAAUACAUUAACAUCAGGAUUUCGUGAGUGUGUGUAUGAUCCUCAGCUAGGCUACUCAGAGUAUUGGAUGGCAGGCAUACCUCCAGAAUGCCCUCGUGUGGAUUGUGGUGUACCAGCAGAGACACCUGGAGCUACAUAUGGUUACACCAAAGACACUCGGUAUCAGUCAUCCUUUUUCUUUGGUUGUGAGGAAACAUUCAGCCUUGCUGGCCAAACCAGCAGAAAUGAUAAUGCAGUUACCUGUCAGGCUGAUGGUAACUGGGACUUUGGUGACCUGAGAUGUGAGGGUCCUGUAUGUUCUGAUCCAGGCCACCCACCUGAGGGUAUUCAAAUUGCCUCUAGCUAUGAGCAAGGAUCCUUAGUGAAGUUUGAAUGUACACGUCCAGGAUAUAUCCCCAUUACAGAUGAGCCCAUUCACUGCAUCCGUGAACCAGAAUGUCGUGUCGUUGCUCCAAUUGGAAUAGCAUCGGGUAAGAUUCCGUCCUCAGCUAUCAAUGCCACAUCUGAGCGAGGCAAUUAUGAGGCUUUCAAUAUUCGUCUAAACUCUGCUACAGGGUGGUGUGGAAAGACAGAAGCCUUUACAUAUGUCACUGUUGACCUGGGAACAGUACACAGGAUCAAAGCUGUUUUAGUGAAAGGGGUUAUUACAAAUGAUGUUGUUGGGAGACCAACAGAAAUUCGCUUCUUUUAUAAGGGACAGGAAGAAGAAAAUUACAUUGUUUAUUUCCCUAACUUUAAUCUUACAGCUAGAGACCCAGGGAACUAUGGUGAGCUAGCAAUGAUUACACUUCCAACUGUGGUGACAGCACGCUUUGUUAUUCUUGGCAUUGUCAGCUAUGAUAAGAAUCCAUGCCUUAAAUUUGAAUUGAUGGGUUGUGAAGAUGAACCACCAGAGAAACGCCUACUUGGCUAUGACAUGGGCUACCCUGUAUGUGUUGAUAAUGAACCACCACAGUUUGCAAACUGUCCCAUUAAUCCCAUUGUUGUCCAGAAAGGUGUUGAUGGCUUCCAGAACGUCAACUUCACAGUGCCAACUGCAUACGAUAACUCUGGCAUGAUUGCUCGCACUGAGGUCCGACCAGCUGGCUUCCAACCCCCCAUGCACAUUUUCAAGGACAUGAUGGUUGAAUAUUUGGCAUUUGAUUUUGAUGGAAAUGUUGCCAUUUGCCAGAUCAACAUUACUGUUCCUGAUGACAUUCCUCCUUCAAUUACCUGUCCUCAGAGUUAUGUUAUUGCACUGGUUGAGCAGCAAGAAAAUUACCGUGUCAACUUCAACUCCUCAAUCACAUUAUCUAGUGUUAAUGCCAGUGACAAUAGUGGACAAUUCCAGCUGAGAGUGAUACCUGAGGUUGCCCUUAUUAGAGUUGGAGGUUAUGAGAAUGUUAGCGUCACUGCCACUGACCCCUCAGGAAACACUGCGUCCUGUAACUUCCAAGUUGCUGUGCAGGCAACUGCAUGUGUUGACUGGGAAUUAAAGGAACCAGCAAAUGGGAAAAUAAAUUGUGUAUCUGAUGAUGGUAAAAGUAUAGAGUGUUUUGCAAAAUGCAAUGAUGGCUUUAGAUUCACUGACAACGUGCCAACCAAGGCCUUCACUUGCACCAUAGAAACCUCCUGGCUACCCACGCGAGUGGUUCCUGAUUGUGUGAGCGAGGACACCCAGGAAGCUAGUUAUGAUGUCUUGGCAUCUGUUAUGUACCGAGCUAAUGGUGCAGUACAGCCCACUUGUCUUCCUCAGUAUAAGUCUCUACUGCAGCAGUAUUAUGAAGGUCUCAAUGGUGUACUCUCGAGCCGCUGCUCUGCUGCUGUUAAUGUAGCAAUUGAUAUUGUUUUCCAUGAUACCAAACUUAAUCUUGCACAAGAAAAUGCAGUAGAGGUUCAAUAUGUGGUUCGUUUGACUCCAGAAGUUAAACAGAAACUGUUGUAUGAGCUCUGUGGUUCCACACUAUCACUCAUUUUUGACCUGAGUGUACCGUCUACCUCUGCUGUGAUCGAACCCAUCCUCAGUCUUUCAUCUGCAGGCAACUUUUGUCCACCCAUGCGUGCUCUCAGUUCCAAUGUCACCAGAGGGUUCACUUGCAAUGUUGGAGAGGUUCUCAACACAGAGGCAGCUGAUUUGCCACGAUGUCUUCACUGCCCUGCUGGUACCUUUGCACGCCGAGAAGAAAAAAAUUGUUCACCUUGUCUUAGAGGAUUCUACCAGGAUCAGAGUCGCCAAGGUGCCUGCAAACAAUGCCCAUCUGGCAUGUACACUUACAAUGAAGGUAGCAAAUCUGUCGUGGACUGUGUUCCAGUAUGUGGUUAUGGUACUUAUUCACCAACAGGUCUAGUACCAUGCCUCAACUGUCCACAUAAUUCCUACACAGAAGAUCCUCCUAUUGAUGGUUUCAAGAAAUGCCAGGCUUGUCCACCAGAGACUUUCACUCAUACGGCUGCCACUGCCUCACAGCAGAUGUGUCGUAGGAAGUGCAUAAUGGGAAGUUACUCUGAUACAGGACUAGAACCAUGUGCACCCUGCCCCUUCAACUUCUAUCAACCUUUUGAGGGUCGGACAACAUGUUUUGAGUGCUCCACAGGGAAUCGUACUCUGAAUACAGGAUCAGAGACUGAGGAAGAUUGCUUACCUGUAAUCUGUACUGAAGGAAUUUGUCAGAAUGGAGGUUUGUGUUUAGCACGUCAGCACCAAGUGCAGUGCUACUGUCCUGCGGGUUUCACUGGUAGAUUCUGUGAGGUUGACAUAAACGAGUGUGCCUCACAACCAUGUUAUAACCAGGGAUCCUGUGUUGACCUCCCACAAGGCUACCAAUGUGAAUGUGCUGAAGGCUACACUGGACUUCAGUGCCAAGAUGAAGUUAGUGAAUGCAUUGAGGGUGCUUGCCCUGACCGAGCCAUGUGCAAGGAUAAUCCUGGGAAAGAUACUUACGAAUGCCUGUGCCGUACUGGCUAUACUGGUCCUGGCUGUAACAUCACAUUAAACCCAUGUACAGAGAAGGGUAACCCAUGUUCUAAUGAUGCUGUUUGUGUGCCAUUAGAACAGGGUCGCUUCCUCUGUGAAUGUCUACCUGGCUGGGAAGGUCGCCUUUGUGAAGUGAAUAUAGAUGACUGUGCUGAGAAUCCUUGUUUGCUCGGUGCCAACUGUACCGACCUGGUCCAUGAUUUCCGUUGUGAUUGUCCAGGUGGCUUCACUGGCAAACGUUGUCAUGUAAAGGUGGACCUCUGCCAGUCUUCUCCAUGUUCUAAUGGCAUCUGUAUUGAUCGUUUCUUCUAUCAUGAGUGCAUUUGCCAUCCAGGCUGGUUAGGUGAAAGCUGUGAAAUAAAUGAAAAUGACUGUGCUGCAGAUCCUUGUCAGAAUGGUGGUACCUGCGUUGAUAAAGUUAAUGGAUUUCUUUGUGAAUGUGACACUGGAUAUACAGGAAAACUUUGUCAACACACAAUUGAAUAUUGUGCUUCAGAACCUUGCCAGAAUGGUGGUACUUGUGUUGACAAACUUGACGGGUUCAUGUGUGAAUGCAGACCUGGCUUUGCCGGCCUGCAAUGUGAGGCAUCGAUUGAUGAGUGCAUCAGCAACCCUUGCAAUCCAGUUGGUACAGAAAAAUGUUUAGAUCUUGAUAACAUGUUUAAGUGUCAGUGUCAUGCUGGCUACAAUGGUGAAUUUUGUGAAAACAACAUUAAUGAAUGUGCGUCAAACCCAUGCUAUAAUAAUGGAGUGUGUACAGAUGGUGUAGCAGACUUCACAUGCACCUGCAGACCAGGAUGGAUGGGCAAGCGCUGUGAAAAUGACAUUGGUGGUUGUGAUUCCACUCCUUGCCUAAAUGAUGCUGAAUGCUUAAACCUGUUUGAGGACUACUUUUGCGUAUGUCCAUCUGGGACAGAUGGUAAGAGGUGCCAGGUUACCCCAGAACGGUGUGUGGGCAACCCUUGUAUGAAUGAUGCCUCCUGUCAAGAUUAUGGCUCUGGUCUCAACUGUACAUGUUCUGAGGACUUUACUGGCAUUGGCUGUCAGUUUGAGUUUGAUGCCUGUGAUGCUGGUCUUUGCAAAAAUGGUGCCACAUGCAUUGACCGGGGUGCUGGGUAUGAGUGUGUGUGCCCUGCAGGUUACACAGGAAAACACUGUGAUGAGGACAUUGUUGACUGUACACCCACUUCUUGUCCACCUGGUGCAAUGUGCAUAGAUUUGACUAAUGACUUCUACUGCAAGUGUCCCUUCAACCUUACUGGCGAAGACUGUAGAAAGGUUAUCAAUAUCGACUAUGAGUUGUACAUUAAUGAUGAGAAUAAAGCAUCAAGUGCAUCACUGGCAACACCCUUCCUUCUUGGUCAGCCAACAUCUUUCACUUUGGCACUCUGGGUUCAGUUUGCCAUCCCUGAUGAUCUUGGUACCAUCUUCACACUCUAUUCUGUCUCGAGUCCAUAUGUUCCCUCCAACAAGAGAGUUAUUCUUCAAGCUACCAAUGCAGGAAUUGCAAUUGAGUUCUUUAAAGAUCUAAAGGAAUUUGUGACCUACCGUCCUAAUAUCCCAGUUAAUGAUGGCCAGUGGCAUCAUGUUGCUCUUGUGUGGGAUGGUGCUGCUGGUAUACUCACCCUUACAACUGAUGCUGUUGUUGUUGCACAGGUUGAAGGAUUUGCCCAAGGACUCCACUUGCCUAUGUAUGCCUGGUUAACUCUUGGCUCUGUUGAGUCUAAGUUUUCUGGGUAUACAGAUGAACGAGGUUUCCACGGUCGCAUUGCUCGACUUAAUGCCUGGAAUCGACCUCUCGACUUCCGUACAGAAAUUCCAAAAAUGGUUCGAUCAUGCAUGAACUCUCCAGUUAUGUUUGAUGGUCUUCUGCUCCGUUGGACUGGCUAUGAUAUGGUGAAGGGCAAUGUGGAGCGGAUUGGGCCUUCCACAUGUGGACAGUAUGUGUGUCCCCCAGGCUACACAGGGGACUGCUCAGUAUUGGAGAGAGACAAGACACCUCCUCGAGUAGACUACUGCCCGGGACCCAUUUGGGUCAUUACUCGUAAUGGCUCUGCAGUAGUUGAUUGGGAUGAACCCGUGUUUUCUGAUAAUAUUGGUGUUGAAGAGGUGGUCGACAAGUCUGGCUACUCUCCAGGACAGGCCUUCACAUGGGGUACUUAUGAGGUUGCCAGUGCGGCUUAUGAUGCUGCCAAUAACUCGGCCACUUGUUCAUUUAAUGUUUACGUACUUGAGGAGUUCUGCCCAAAACUGGAGGAUCCAGUGGGAGGCACUCAGAGGUGCUCAGACUGGGGUCCUGGUGGUCGCUUUAAGGUCUGCAAAAUUCAGUGCAAUGAUGGACUUAAGUUUUCUACAAAGGUUCCUGACUUCUACACAUGCGGUGCUGAGGGUUUCUGGCGGCCAACCCAUGACCCAUCAUACUCACUGGUGUACCCUGCUUGCUCCCCAGCUUCACCUGCACAGAGAGUCUUCAAUAUUAACAUGCAGUUUCCAUCCUCUGUGAUUUGCAAUGCUGCUGGCCAGAAUGUGCUCAGUGAAAGGAUAAGGAUUGCACUAAACAAGCUCAAUGCUCAGUGGAACUUCUGCACCAACACUGCUGCAUCUACAGGACAGUGCAAUGGUCUAGAUGUGAAUGUUGACUGCUCUCGCAGAAACCGUAUAGCUCGUAAUACACCGAACUCUGUGACCAAGCGUCAGGCUGCUCCUGACACUGAUGAUGUUUAUGAAGUCAAGAUCACCUUCCCUUCUGUUAAUGAUCCAGUCCAGAACUCAAACUCAGAAUUGGAAUCAACUGUCCGUCGUUUGAUUGAAGGAGUUAUUUUAGAGCAGGAUCAAUUUGAUGUUCGUGAUGCUCUGCCCAAUGUUGUCCCAGACCCAUCCUCAUUAGACCUUAAAUCAGAAUAUUCAUGCCCUAUUGGAAAGGUUGUGGUUGAUAGCGAGUGUGUAGACUGUGCUACAGGAACUUAUUAUGAUACUGAGACAAAGUCAUGCAAACUCUGCAAGUCUGGCACAUAUCAGAAUGAGAUAGGUCAGGUUGCUUGCAAGCCAUGCCCUCAGCGUGCAGGUCGUCAGGGUGUUACAAAGACCUCGGGGUCACGCUCAGUUGAAAACUGUCAGGAACGAUGUGCAGCUGGCAGAUACUUUGAUGAAGAAAUGAGUGUCUGUCGGUCUUGUGGAUAUGGAUAUUAUCAGUCUGAAGAGGGUAAAUUCUCAUGCAAGAGGUGUGACCGAGGCCUUACCACUCGCACAAAAGAAGCCGUAUCAGCAUCUGAAUGUCGUGAAGAAUGUGAAUCAGGCCUCCAGCUUGGCACAACUGGUCCAUGUGAACCUUGUCAACGUGGAACAUACCGUACCAAGGGUAUUCAUGCAUCGUGUAUCCGCUGCCCAGCAGAUCGUACCACUCUAGGACCCGGUGCAUCCUCUGUAGAGGAAUGCUCAUUACCAAUAUGUAUUGCUGGAACAUUCCUUUCUAAUUUGAACACCGUAUAUAACUGUCUGAAAUGUCCUAAAGGUACCUAUCAACCAGAAGCAAUGCAAACGUCAUGUAUAGAUUGUCCACAAGAUACUUCAACUCACGAUGUUGGUGCGACCUCAAUUCAGGAGUGCUCCAACCCCUGUGAGGUUCAUGGAGAACAGAUGCUCUGUGACCCUAAUGCUCUCUGUCUUUUUAUCUCUGAAUCUAAUGACUUUGAGUGUCAGUGCAAACCUGGCUUCAACGGCUCAGGAGAACAUUGUUCUAACAAGUGUGAUGGCUAUUGUGAGAAUAAUGGUGCUUGUAAGAAGAAUGAAGAUGAUGAACCCUAUUGUGUUUGUUCUGGUUCCUUCACAGGUAGCAAAUGCCAGAUUAAGAGUGACUUCACAUAUAUUGCUGGAGGCAUUGCUGGUGCUGUUGUCUUCCUGAUACUCAUUGUGCUUCUUGUAUGGAUGAUCUGCAUCCGUGCCACCAGGAGACGUGACCCUAAGAAAGGUUUCCUUAACCAACCAUCCAUUGAUCCCAAUGGUUCACAGGUUAACUUCUACUAUGGGGCACCUGCCCCAUAUGCAGAGAGCAUUGCACCAUCUCAUCACUCGACUUACGCUCAUUAUUAUGAUGAUGAAGAAGAUGCCUGGGAGAUGCCAAACUUCUACAAUGAGACUUACAUGAAGACCGGGUUCCAGAAUGGAGCAGGAAAUAGCUUGGCUCGGUCUAACGCUUCCAUCUACGGCAACAAGGAGGACCUGUAUGAUCGCCUCCGCAAGCAUGCUUACCAAGGCAAGAAAGAUAAAGAGGAGACAGGUGACAGUGAUGAUCAAGCCCGUUGAUUGGCUAUAUACAUUAUAUCAUUAUCUGACGUCUACAUUCGUUCGUUAGUACUUUACAGUUUUAAUUCUACAUUCUUAAUGUGCUAAUGAGAUAGAACCUAAUUUGUUUUUUUUCCAAUGGUUGGUUGGUUUUGAAAUAUGGUAUUAUCUCAUUAUUACAUAUCACAAACCAAGAGGAAGGUCUAGCAAGGUGCUUGUCCUUGAGCAAGACUAGAUCUGUCUAUGGUAGACAUUGGCUAAUGUGUAACUUAUAGUAUCUACACCUGGGCCACUGGCUAACCCUAUACAGGGUCUUGUUAAUUCCAUCAAUGGACUUAAUUAUUUUUAAUGACAACUGAAUUGUAAGUCAUGAGAUAUAUAUACUGUAUAUGCAUGUGUGUGUGUGUGAGAUAUACACACACACACACACACACACACACACACACACACACACUCACUCACACAGUAGGACCCCUGUAUCUGCUGGGAUAUGUUCCAAGGACCUGCCAUGGAUACCGAAACUGUGGAUGGUAGUAAACCCUAUAUAAAGGUACAUACCUAUUAUAAAGUUAUAUUGUUAAAUUAUGCACAAUAAGUGGAGAAUUAUCAAUUCUUCACUGAUGGGAACACUUCA